AAUUAACAUGAACCCAACCUUUCUAUAAAACCUUAGCAAAUCAAAUGCAACAUUGUUCAUAACAAAUUCUAACAUUUUGCAAAGAAAAAAACAAUGGAUAAAGUUAAGGUUUCCUUGUGGUUUGGGUUUUUGGUUAGCUUAAUGGGAGCAACAGUUGCUGAGCAAUGUGGGAGGCAAGCUGGUGGCAUAACCUGCCCUGGCAACUUAUGUUGCAGCCAAUAUGGGUGGUGUGGGAGCACCGAUGACUAUUGUUUGCCUGAAAAUAAUUGCCAGAGUAAUUGCAAAAGUGGCCCUGGAGGAGAAACUGCGAUUGUGAGAUCUACUUACCAUUUCUACAAUCCAGAGCAACAUGGAUGGGAUUUGAUGGCUGUGAGUGCCUAUUGCUCUACAUGGGAUGCUAGCAAGCCAUAUUCAUGGAGGAGUAAGUAUGGUUGGACUGCCUUUUGUGGCCCUUCCGGUCCUUCUUUCCCAGCUGCUUGUGGCAGGUGCUUGAGGGUUACAAAUACAAGGACUAGUGCUCAAGAAAUAGUACGGAUUGUGGACCAAUGCAGCAAUGGUGGGUUAGAUUUAGAUGUGGGUGUCUUCAACCGAUUGGACACUGAUGGAGUCGGAUACGCUCAAGGCCACCUUACAGUUAAAUAUGAAUUUGUUAAUUGUGGCGAUGGCUUCAACCCUCUACUUUCUUCCAUUGUUGAUAGUUGAAUAUAGCAGUAAAUAAAAAAAAAGUUUGCUGCUUUAUUAAUUAUGUGCUAGAAAAGCCAAAUAAUGUGACGAGGGAAUAUGCUGUUGUUUUGAUCCCGUUGAUAUUUUUGCUUUAAGCCAUAUAAUGUGAUGAGGGAAUAUGCUGUUGUUUUGAUACCGUU